AUUUAAAAUUGAUAACACUGAUAAAGAGCAAGUUUUGAUAACCAUACUAGUCGUAGGGACUCCUGGGGAGAUCUUCCGAUAAUUUGUGCAUUCGCCAAAAUCAAGAGAAUCGGCGUACUAACAAUUACUUUCUUAUAAUGGAAUUUCCGUGGCUCAUCAGAAGGAAUACCAAGAAAGAUGUUCACGAAUAUAUCCACGACGCAACAACAGGAUAUCCGUUAAAGUAAUCAACUGAUACCUAUGAAAUAUAAACAUACCUUUGUAUCUGUGUCUAUAUAUAGUAAUGACCCGGUGUGUUCACUUGCAUUAGGAUCAUCGGUAUUGGGCGACUCCAUUGUGUCUUGAGGUAUGCCGACAUGGUUAUUGUGUACUCACCUUUAAAAUAUUAUUCUUUAAAUGCAUUGGGUAUGAUUCAUUCUACAGAAUAUACAUAAUAAAGAAAAUACUGAAUUUAAUAUCAAGUUAUACAUUGCCUUCAUAUGCUGACAUAUCAAUAAAAAAUAACACUAAUGCUGUUGUGGAUCAUUAUUUCUACUAAUUAUUACCUUGAUAUAAUUAAAUUGAUUUUUGUUAUUCAGAAAUUCUAAGAAGAUUAAACUAAAGAAUCACCCAUUACCCCCUAUAAUGGGUUGGACUUGUCCGUAAUGGAUAUGUUAUCGUAGUCCAAUAUAGCAGGUCUUUGUAGACGUAAAUGCCCACUAGGGGAUCGAUUUGAUUGUUUAUAAGUAACAUAGCUACACUCACAUUGGAAUUCCCUUUUAACAGACCCGUUAUAUAUUAAAAGUUUUAAUUCUAGAUGGAAAACACGUCUAUUACUUUAUAGGACUCAGCUUGGUGAAUAGGUCACAACAAAGUAUACGUAGGUAAACAAAAACACUCUCAACAUGGCUGAAGUUUCACCACAGGACAUACGUGUGCUGAAAUGUCUGGCUGCUCCUCCACAGUUGGUCAAAGAUACACUAGCAGCUGUAAUGAUACUAAUAGGGGAGCCUAAUCCACGGGAUUACAAAACUGCUCUAAGAGCACUAUCUAACAAAUCUGACAAGUCACUGAAUCAUAGACUGUCGUCACUAGAUGUCGACACUAUCGCUAUGGAGGACGCUGUGAAAGCACGAGGACUUGUUAACGGAAUAACAAAAGAAAGAAUUCGAAGUGUCUGUGCAGCUGCUAGCGGCAUCUUUUGUUGGGUACAGACUGUGCUAUCCCGGGUAGAGGAGAGGAAAGGAAGCCUAAGUACAGACAAGGUAGACCUAACCAACUGAUCUUAAUACUUAUACUAUCAAGUAUUUUACAGAAAGACUAUCUAUGCAAUAUUGAAAAAGGCCAAAGAAACCUGCGCCCUUUUCAUUCUUUCACAGUUGUCCAAAUUUCAAGGGAUAGCACGCCUGUUCGUCCGAAUUGGAAGGAAUUGUCACAUAUUUUGUACGUCCGAAUUGACAGGAACUCUCAAAGACAUUAUACGUCCGAACUGGAAGGAACUGUCAAAGGUGUUUUACGUCCGAAUUGGAAAAAACUCUCAAAGACGUUUUUCGUCCGAACUGGAAGGAACUGUCAAAGAUGUUCUACGUUCGAAAUGGAAGGAACUGUCAAAGAUGUUAUAUGUCCGAAUUUGAAGGAACUGUCAAAUAUGUUAAAUGAUGAAACAAUUGAGCGUUAAAUAGAUUGACAAAACUGCGGACCAAACGAUAUUAACUGAUAAGAUACUAAAUUAUUUAAACCAUUGGGAAUGUAGUAUGAUGCUUUGAGGAUCGUUAAAAUGAUACGGUUUAAGUGGAACAAAUAUUAAACUUUAAAGGAAAUAUCCACUUGUGUGUUUCGUAAAAGUCUUUAAGUUUGGGGAGAAGCGCGUUAUCAUUUCCCGUCGUGGGGUUGUGCUGUAAUGCUAAAUUACAGAUAGAUAGCAUGGGAAUAGUUCUCGAGCCGAUUCAUAUCGGUUUUUUUUUUAUUUUGUUUAAAAAUAAGCACUGUCCUAAUUUACAAAACAAAUUGUGGUAUGCGUUUCUUUGUUUUUAAUAAUAAAACAAUUACGAAUAUGCACUUAAUAUUCUUGAUAUUAAAUUCAACAUCAAAACUGGUUUUGCAUCUCCCCAGCCA